AAUUAAUCGCAAAUAACACAGAAGAAUUAGCAGAAGAAUUAAAAAGACAAAUCAAUGAAGAAAAAAGCUCAAAAAAUCUUGAGAAUAUCAAGAAAAAUGUUGAUAAAUUAAAAGAAACAACUAGAAAAAAACUUACCAAAUUAAACACAAAGCUUGUUCAAGAAGAAAAAAAAAAAUAUAACAAUAUUGAAAAAAUAAUCAAAGAAUGUAAAGACCCCGUUCUGCUUAAUUCUGAAAUGUUUAAUGAAAUUUACAGGUUGAUUGAAAGCAUUGAUAAAAAGAUCAUUGGACACGAAA